AUUGUUUUGUAGUAUUAUGUAAAGGUUUGUACAUUUGGCAAAAAUGAGCUGGUAUUGUUUUAAUGAUGGUGUACAUACACAUGCUGGUCUGCAAAUGCUGCUCACCUAACUCAGGUGCUCUUCUACUGUGUAGUUGCUCUUGAUAAGUGCAAUGUAAAGAUGUCAGUGCAAAGUUUCAGGCCAGUUUCUUCUUACAUGAUAACAAAUUAGGCUACACACCUAGCAAAAUUGCACAAACACCAAGACAUGCAAGUCACACCCAACUGAAAGCAAACAAACUGAAAGACCACACCACUUCCUCUCAGAAAUCCCCCCUCACUUGUGAGAUAGUGAACAGAAACUAUUUUGGAUUUCCUGGUUAAUUGUAGGGUUUAAUAUAUAUUUCAUCCAUUGCUUUAAGUGAGCUAUAGCCAGGUGAAAUGUUUUUCAAACAAUAUACCUAUGCUUUCAUCUCAGUGGUGAUUGUGGGCCUGGUUCAAGGACAGUCCAUGAGCUCCAUAGGCACUUAUACUACCACACAACCCCUGUUAACUGACUACAGGAGUGAAAACUAUACCACUGGAAGGAGUGUUAAUAUCUCUUGUACAAAUAAGACAUGGAGCGAGAUGAUAUACACCACCUGGGAGAUCCCUAAAGAUAGAAACCUCUGCACAAUAGCAGCUCAUAUAGACAAACUUCCUGUUGACAACUGUUUGAAUGGAAAGGUCCUGCGCAAAACAACUAAUGGAAAAUCCUACCUGCACAUUCCUCUUUUUAAAGACACAGAUGAAGGAAUUUAUAAAUGUGAAACUGCCUAUGUAGGUACAAGUUAUACAGCAUACAUCACUGUAUCUGCCAGAGUUUCCCUACAGAUAUCCACCAGGCUGGACUUCAGGGAUGGUAAGAGAGAGGCUGUGUGUUCAGCUGAAGGUGGUAAACCUACUGCCUCCAUCUCCUGGAGAAACAGGUGGAACUCCAGUGUGACUCAGAGUACAAAUAAGAACUUGGACGGCUCCUUCACUGUGGAGAGCAGACUGAUCCUCCCUGACUUCAUUUCUGCUGGAAACCUCAGCUGCAUCAUCACACAUCCCAGCUGGGGAGAGAAGCAUUGGUUUAUGUCCACUCAAGAUAAUAGAGAGGGUCCACAUUUUUCUCUGAAGAAACUUGGAAUCUACAUAAGCUGUGUUAUCAUUGCCCUGGCGAUUCUGGCUGUAUUUUGUAUUUUAAGGAAGAUUCCCCAAAAGUCUCGAAAUGAGGAGAUUCAUGGGCUGCAGACUGUUUACACCGUCGUUCGCACAAACAACAAUUCAGCCAAGGCCAGACGACAGGAGAGUGAAAUUUAGAGACUGGCUACUUGGGGGAGGGGGGCUACAAGGAGGAACAACGACACAGUUAAUUUUGAAAUAUAACAUUUAAUUUAGAACACUGAACUUUACAGUGGCUGGGGUAAAAAUAGUUAAGUAUCGAUUUUGAGUGUUGAAUGACUUUUGUCGUUUGUUUCUUGUGUUUGUUUGUAGUUAGGUUUCCAUCCAUGAUGUUGUAAUGUGACCAAAUAAACAUUUGCCAUUGACAAAAUACAAAAAAUAUCUGCAUUAUGGGAAUUGACACACUCUCAGUUUCUAUACCGACACCAAGGACUCAACACCCCCCAUAUCCGGAGUUAACGCUCCAGCUCCUUGAGGAAAUAAAGGCAUUUAGCCCAAAUGUGACUAUUUUACCCUUAA